AUGAUGUUUCCUACACUUAGAAGCCUGAAGCAUAUAUACAAUAUCAAUUCUGGUGUGUAUGGAAGUAGAUACACUAAUUUCCCUGAGUUAUACCUUAAAAAUUGGGUCAACUAUACAAAUAGGCACUUUCUGAUCACAAAUAUCAGUUCAAACACCCGUAACGCCUCUAAUUACACUUACAACGCACGUAUUGAUAGGAAAUAUGCCACUGGUGCCUCCACUAAUACCACUAGUGCCCCCAAUACACCCAGUAAAAUGUUAACGAAAAAGGAACUGAAGAAUUUCCAGGGCCACUACCAGAGAUAUAAGCGCAACGCGGGCCUUCCUGAGUUCCACAAUGUGGAUUUGGAUAAGAACGGGUACAUAAUUGAGCCUACCGACAAGUUUAUGUUGGUGCUCACAACCUCAAAGAACAACGUGCACGCACAGCUGGUGAAUCGCAGUAAAAACUAUAAAACCAUAUUCGGCUCAUUUGCUGGCAACGUGGGCUAUAAAAAGAAGUUGCAGCAGACUGAAAAGUGCGCUUACAGGAUAGGCGAAAACAUAGCGAGGAAGUGCAAGAGGCUGGGCGUCUUUGCCGUGGACGUCAAGUUCAGAAGACUGAUGAGGGUGGAAACUGUGCUCCAGGCUCUGCAGUCAGUUGGGCUUCAGGUGGGUCAGCUCAUCCACGAGCCCCGCCUCCCAAAAACAGGGAUAAAUUCAGUGCGUCCGAGGAAGAGGCGCAGAGUGUGA